AUGGAGAAUCCACGGAGCCAGGUUCUCUUCGGAGUCCAGCUCCCAGCAGAAAUCAAUCAUCUGAUUCUCGAGUUCGCGGUGGGCGGUUCCCUGUCGGAUGGGUGUUUCUUCUCCCUCAUUCCUGCGAAAUGGCGUCUGAUCAGCCGAAUCUGGAACGAAUAUGCCACGCCCUUCGUCUACAACGGCUUCUGGUUCCAUGGAAGUCGCAACAGGAUACACUUGCUAUGGAACUUCCUGCACAUGGUGGUCACCCGCCCAGACAGGGCUGCAAUGGUGAGGCAGUUGGAGCUGACAAUCAUGCGUCUCAAUGAGGAGUUUUCCACCCACAACAAUCUACAAUUCCAGGCGCUGCACAUAUUUCGAGGAUAUGUUGUGUGUCCACAAGCCAACAGAGAAACUGUCCGUCACAUCCGUGCGCAAUACUCGCAAGGGAACUGCAGGCUUCACCCGGAACACAGCGAGCGCAUCAAGAGCUGGUACUACCGGUCAUAUAAAGGAUCCUGA